AUGGAGAAUCACACGACCUCUUUCCAAAACAGAGAUUGUAGAGAUAUAAAACAACCCGAAGUGCUCAGUGGAAACAAGAAAACUCCAGAUAAAAGAAUACCAUCAAAUGCAUCAUCAUCGUCAUCAGAUAUGGAGGUUCAAUUGUCAGAUGUGGAUGUAUAUCAAAUGUACGCCAAUUCCAACUCUUCGGGAUUUUCUGAAAUGCAGAGCUCUUCUUCUGAAGCUGGAAAGUCCAAGGAUGGUAAUUAUGAUGACGAGAACAACUGCAUCCCACUGAUAAAUGGAUCCAUUGUAUUAUCACUUAUGGAAGCGAAAAUGUGGCACAAGUUUUUGGAGUUGGGGACAGAAAUGAUCAUCAACCGAUCUGGAAGGAGAAUGUUUCCCUACGUGGAAUUUUUCCUUAAAGGUGUAGAUCCAGCUGGGUUGUACGACGUCAUGUUUGAUAUCAUACCCGCCAGUAGCAAAAGCUUUAAGUUUCUGAACAACAAGUGGAUACCGAUUGGAAAGAAGGACGAAGAAUUUAAAAAUCAUCCAUUCAAACACCCGGAUUCGCCACGUAUUGGAUCAGAUUGGAUGAGUCGGAAAAUUUCCUUUGAGAAAAUUAAAUUGUCAAAUAACCCUGAUACAUGUACAAAGGAUGGAAUAUUUACGCUGCACACAUUUCAGAAGUACUUCGUCAGCAUAUAUAUCGUCAAACAUGAAGAAGAUGACGAGCUCUCAGUCAUGGACUUCCCCAUCCGGGCCACGACCUUCAUUGCUGUCACAGCAUACAACAACAGAAAGGUUACCAAACUCAAGAUUAACAGCAAUCCCUAUUCCAAGGGAUUCCGAUUUCCAGUGAAAAGGUUAGGAAUUCACACCUUCGAAGAACUUGAUAACAAAGGGGAAAGACUGGUGACCUAUGACGAUUGUGUGAAGAACUCAUUGUAUUGCCACCCAGAUGAGAUACCAAUUUCACUUCAGCCGAACAGUCAUACCUUCGUAGAACUUAAUAACGAAGUGGAAAGGCCGGUGACCUAUGACGAUUGUGUGAAGAAUUCAAUAUUUUGCCACCCAGAUGAGAUACCAGUUACACUUCACUGA